AUGCCCUUCGACAUCCUCGCCUGCGGCUUCAACGCCCACGGCCAGCUCCUCCCCCGCGAAGACGACGCCGCAAUCCCCGCCGACAUCUUCACCCCCACCGUCAUAGCGCGCGCCGAGACCUCCGCAAAGGUGCUCUUCGCUGGAUGGUCUGAAACGCUCCUCGAGCUCGACAACAAGCUCCACCACAGAGGCGCCGGCUCUCUACAGCCGCUCCCGCACUCCUGCAAACCGCCAUAUAGAGCCUUCGGCGACGGGCUAGGCCUCAAGGUCAUCUUGGGGGGCGGGGACGGGGGCGACCAGACAACGGCCUACGUGCCUGCACCCUCCGGGGAGUGGGAGUGCCACACCCUGGCCGAAAAAGUAGAUAUCAUUGCCAUUGCCGGCAACGGGGAGGUCCUCAGCACAUCUGACGGCACCGUAAUCCACGCCCACCCAACCCUCGCCUCCCUCCUCACCUGCCACCCCCCGACUGCCACCCACCCAUUCCCCACAGACGACCGCAUCACCGCCAUCGCCGCCACCGCAACAGCAUUCACGCUCCUCGGCGCCUCGGGGCGCAUCUACACCGCCGGCGACCCGCGGCACGGCAGCCUCCUCGCGCGCGACACGGCACUCACGCCACCAGACGCCCCCGGGCUGGUUGACGCCCUCGACGGCAUCGCGAUUGCGGAGGUCGCCGCGGGCGGGUGGGUCGGCGCGGCGCUGAGCGCGGAGCAAGAUGUGUAUCUGUGGGGCGGGCGCGCGGGGGACGAGGGCGUGAUUGGGGAUCUGCGGGGGGAGGAGGAGGUUGGCGUGGGGGAUGUUGGGGGCGGGGUGGAUGUGGUGGGGGUGGGCGUGGGGAUGGGGCAUGUUGUGGUGCUGACGGAGGGGGGGAGGGUGUGGGGUGUGGGCAGGGCGGGGAGUGGGCAGCUGGGGGGAGGGGAAGGGGUAGAGUUCUGCGAGGAGUGGAGGGAGAUUGAUGUGCUGGGGGAGAGCGAGGGGAGGGUGGUGGAGGUUGUGGCCGGCGGGUGGGCGACUUUUGUGGUUGUUGAGAGGCCGUGA